GGUGCUACGAAUGCUGUAAAGAUUGCAAUGGGCACAAAUUUCCUUGACAUUUGCUUCAAAUUAUAUGGCGCGUUUAUUACUGGAUCAAAAAGUUUAGCUGCUGAAGGUUUGCAUAGUUCUCUGGACUUGACCAACCAAAUUAUCCUCAUGUAUGGAAUACGAUGGUCGAAACUGAACCCCACACCAACUUACCCGUAUGGUUAUGGCAAUGCACGGUAUAUUGCUUCGCUAAUUAGUGGUUGCUGGCUUUUUGGAUUCGGUGGCGGAAUUUCGCUAUAUCAUGGCAUUACCGGUCUGCUUCAUCCUCACGCAAUAGAAUCACCAGCAUGGGCAAGUUUGUAA